CAAAUGCAGACCCCUCAGGAGACCUCACUCACCGAGGAGGUGACCAGACUGCUGUUGCCACGGAGACUACUAGGCGUUCCGGUUGCCCUGGUGACGGAUCCUCCACUCCCGGCCAGGGUUCCAGAGGCUUCAGUCAAGGCCCUUCCUCAUCGGCCCUGGAUCCUCUCGUCCCUCCCCCUCCCACCCUUCUUCAGAACUGGCCAGAGCUCCUUUGCGAUUUUCUGCAGGUGUCCAAGUCCCCUCCUCAAGUUGUGACUUGCAGGCAAGGCCUCUCAGCACACAGCGCCUGCAGCCAGGGCUCGUCCACAACCACAAGCGCCUUCUCUCCCUCGGGGCCAAUACUUCCCUUCCCCGCUUAAGACAAGAUCCUGACCUAAGGACUUGUAACAGCCGAGACAAAGCCCAGAGAUGGAAGCAGACAAGGUCACAGAAGAGCCUCAUACCACCAUGGAUGCGGAAGAGAGCCUUUCUUCAAAGGACCCCUCUGCUGAGGACUCACAGAAGCCCCCUAUCCCUGAAAUCCCCUUAGAGCCUGCCCUCUCUGAAACCCCUUUAGAGCCCCUUGCCUCUGAAUCUCAUAUGGUGCCAUCCAUUUCCCAGAUCUCUUUAGAGACCCACACUGCUGAAACCCCUUUGGAGCCUUCCAUCUCUGAGAUUUCUUUAGAACCCUCUGCCUCUAAGGUCCCUUUGGAGACCCCUACCCCUGAGACCCAGUUGGAGACUCACAUCUCCAAGGUCCCAGAGAAACACCUUACUUUUCAGACCUCAUCAUUAAGCUGUGUCUCUGUGUCUUCCUCUGAUUAUCUGAAGGAAGCCUUCUCUGAGUCUUCCUCCAGUGAGGGCUCAUGGACAAGGAGGUCUAUCCAGACCUCUGAAUCUGAGAGCGUUCCAAAGCGCUCCCUUUCGGGCUUUCCAGCCCAGGUCCACCUGGACACAUCUGCAAAAGAUGGGGAAGAGGAAGAAGAGGGAGAGAAAGGGGUGGAUGCCACUGACAGCACCACGCACGCAGCUCAGCCUGAACACCAGCUGGGUUACACCGUCUACCCAGUGGUCCCUGCUGAGCAGGCAGACCUGGUGGAAGUGACUAAGGCAAUGCACAAAGGGAAGUUUGGUGCUCAGGGGAAUUAUCUUUUCCAGUGGGAGAAGGAGGCAGCCCUGAAUGCCAUCCAAACAGGUCUCUAUAUUGGCUGGCGCUGCCCCCAUCAUCUAUGGGACUGUUUCCGGAUUGAGGAUGAGUCCAAGUGCUUUUGUGGACACUUGUUGAGAGAGCACCAGAUCAUCUCAGACAUAUCCGUGCCCUGCAAUGUGGGCCAGUGCCGCUGCCUCAUGUUCUGCUUUAUCCCAUCACGCCCAGAGGAGGUGGGUGAGCUCUGGGUCAAGAGGUGGGCCACCUUUAGCCCCAGGGCUUGGAGAGCCCAAUGUCGCUGCAAACACAGCCAUGAGGACCACGCAGCUACCAGGUCCCAUUCCUGCAGGGUCAAAGGUUGUUGGUGCAACUGCUUUGCGCCUAAUUUCCUCUGUGCGGCCUGUGACUGGUGCUGGGAAGAACAUAAGACUUUCUUUGAGACUGAGGAGACCCGGCAGCGAGGAGGGAGGCCUCACGGUGAGGGGGCAACCUGGGGUAGGGGUCCACUCCAGGGUCUGUAAUCAGAAGGCCAGGCAGGAAGGCACUCCUGCCCUCCACCAUCCCAUCCAGGACUAUUUCACCCCUCCCUCCUGCAUCCCAUACCCGCACUGGUUUCCACCCCCAGGAGCAGAUUAUGUGCCUUUAGCGGAGAUGCCUACCCUCCGAGAAGCCAUCAUCAACAACUCUGACUUUGAGGCCCUCCAGAAGAAGGGGCCCUCUGGCCGUCCCAGCUCCCACCCUAGUCCCCCUGGGCUCCCUAGCCCAUGCAGUGUCCAGCCUGGCCCCAUAUCUGACCCCUGUACCUGACCCUUUCACCUCUGCUUCCCUCCUCCAGGGACAGACACUGUCAACACCUGGUGCAGGCCUCUGUGAGCCUGGCCCAGAUCAGCAAUAAAGGGAAAGCC